CAGAAAACAACUCGGCACCAUCUAGUGGACUGAAAAAGCAAAUUUUUUUUUUCUACUACCAAAAAGUUGAUAGUUCAUAUAAUAAAAGAUCGAUACUUGGCUUCCGUGUAUUGAUACUAUGCUGUAUCGAUUUUUUUCCCCCACCCUUAGUGUCCUGUAACUGUGCUUAUUCCAUUAUAGAUGUGUAGUCCCACCCUCAGAUCAGGUGUGAGCCCCUGGAUGUGUCCAGACACUUACACCACAUAUUUGGCCAAUUACCUUUUUUAAUCUCACCAAUUAAGACGUGGUGAUAUUUCAUCACGAAUUGCCUAUUAAAUGCAGGUGUCUGAAGACUGUCUGCUUGAAACAUAUCAGUUAUUUCUACAUGAAUAAAAGUAGGCCGCGUUUUUCAUAUGCAUAAUUUGCUGUACACGUUUCUGUCUUGCUGCAACAGGCUACAUGAAUGAUUGUGAUGAGUUAUUACUAGUUAGCAUUAACACAACAGACACACUUCCUGCUUUCUGCAAUCAGUACUCUGAUGUACUGACCUCAGGCCAGCAUGGAAAAACAAACGUGAGGCCAAGGUUGCUUUGUUUCAUCUUAAUAUCCUGCUGUAGCUUAAUCACCCAGUGAAAUAUAUAAUACAUUUUCCCAGUUCAGUCCUGAGUCCCUGUGUUAAUUGUUCAUCUAUCUUUUGCGAUAUGCCAAAUACACUGUGUGGCUCAUCGAGGACCUUGUACCCGUGAGUGGUUUGGACAGCUGAAGAUGUUUGUUGCCACUUGUUCAGGAUGUUUUCCUGAUGUAGUGUUCCCCACAGUUACUUCAGGUCAUGUCUUUAGGGAGGUUUAAACAGGUGUUUAAUGCUUUUAUUUAUUUAUUGUAGUCACAUGUAGCAUUUUCAGCCCUAAUUUCAUACGUGCAGUUAUCAAGGUACAUCGCGUUUGAACUGUUCCUCUGUCUCUUAGCAUUGUCAGUCUAAAUCCCUGUAUGUCUUUAUAUGUGCAUUCAGGUGUAUAUCGGGGAGCUUCCUCAGGAGUUCCUUCGGAUCACUCCCACACAGCUGCAGCAGCAGGUCCAGCUGGAUGCUCAGGCAGCCAGGCAGCUGCAGUUUGGAGGCUCAAUAGGCACCGUAGGGCGACUCAGCAUUACUGUGGUCCAGGCCAAGUUGGCUAAAAACUACGGUAUGACUCGGAUGGAUCCGUACUGUCGGAUUCGACUGGGCUACGCAGUCUACGAAACACCAACUGCUCACAACGGAGCCAAGAACCCGCGCUGGAACAAGGUGAUCCAGUGCACGAUACCUCCUGGGGUGGACUCCUUCUAUCUGGAGAUUUUUGAUGAGAGAGCGUUCUCCAUGGACGACAGGAUAGCGUGGACUCAUGUCACCAUCCCUGAAGGCUUGAGGGAGGGCAAUGUGGUGGACGAGUGGUUCAGCCUCAGUGGCAGGCAGGGCGACGACAAGGAGGGCAUGAUCAACCUAGUGAUGUCUUUUGCUUCUUUACCAGCAGGGAUGAUGACUCAGCCUGUGGUCCUAAUGCCCUCUGUGUAUCAGCAAGGAGUAGGAUAUGUGCCCAUUGCAGGAGUGCCGACAGUCUACAACCAGGGCAUGGUGCCCAUGACGAUGCCCGCAGCCGUGCCAGCUGUUGGGGGCCAGGGGCCCCUGUGCAGCGAGGAGGACCUGAAGGCUCUGCAGGACAUGUUCCCCAACUUGGAUAAAGAGGUGGUUCGCACUGUGCUGGACGCACAGCAGGGCAACAAGGAUGCUGCCAUUAACUCACUGCUGCAGAUGGCUGAGGAGCUCUAACUGCAGAACACAAGCUCACACAGACAUACCAACACACACACACACACACACGCAUGCGCACACACACACAUAUAAAACAGUUCUGAGACUGUCCACUCUUUGUACACACAGACACAAAGCUCGCCCACACACUGCAGCCAUAUCUGAGCUCCCUAGUAGAGAUGUUUCCUCUCCCUUUAUUGACUUGGUUUAGGAUGAUAUCAAUGGCAGAUGUAUUUGAGAAACUCACGUCAGGAUGAUUCAGGUUUAUAUCACAGUCUGUAUUCAUCCAGCUGAUCCCAGGGUUUGAGUUGCGCUGUUGUGAGUCAAGUUCAGAGUCCAUCUUCUGUUGAUGUUGAUGUUAUUUUUAAUUUUCUGUGUAGAACAUGUCUGUAGUAACCUGCAGUAACUUCUACUGUUUCAUAUGUUGCUGUAAAAUGUUCAGUGCAUUCCAGAUCUGAUGGAUUAUAAUUGAUGUAUUAAAUUAUAUAGAGUUCUAUAUGGUGACGAGUGUUGAGAAUGAACACAUGAACUGAACAGUGAUAUCAAAUUAUUUAUUUGCAAAGUUUUGAUCAAACCCAUUUUCAAUCAGUUGAGUAGGGUUAUGAAAUAAUUUUUAAAAUACUGUCCCUGUUUAAUGCUCAGCAGGAUGUGGUCUGUGGAGUGUUUGAGAUCUGCACAGGGACUUGGGUAAAGUGGACACCUGAAGAAUGGAUUUUGAGAGCUUGUUGAUGCUUCAUAGCUUGAUGUAAUGAACUGCAUUGUCUAACACCGAAAGCAGACAUGUUUAGUCUCCUUGCUUUUAAGUUUUUCUUUGACGCUUGUGGGUUACAAGGUCUUGAUUCUAAUGUGCUGUAUGCCAAAGGUUUCAUUGUAGAGAUGUCUUUUCACUUGUGAUUCCAAAACCACCAUCAUUUUAUUCUGUCAUGUGAUUUUCAAUUUAUUAAAUUAAUAAUUAAUGUCA